AUGGCUUCUUCUUCCUCUUCUUCUCCGCGUCGUACAUGGAGAUACCGUGUCUUCACGAGCUUCCACGGACCUGACGUACGUAAAACAUUUCUCACUCACUUACGCAAACAGUUUAACUACAAUGGGAUUUCCAUGUUCAAUGAUCAAGGGAUCGAGAGAGGCCAAACCAUUGCACCUGCUCUCACACAAGCGAUUGGAGAAUCGAGGAUCUCGAUCGUGGUGCUCACGAAGAACUAUGCUUCUUCCAGCUGGUGUUUGGAUGAGUUAGUAGAGAUUUUCAAGUGCAAGGAUGAUAAGGGACAAAUAGUGAUGACGGUCUUCUAUGGAGUAGAUCCAUCUGACGUACGGAAACAAACCGGAGACUUCGGGAUCGCUUUCAACGAAACUUGUGAUCGUAGAACAGAGGAGGAGAGGCGGAGAUGGAGCCAAGCCCUGAAGGAUGUCGGCAACAUAGCCGGAGAACACUUCCUAAACUGGGACAAUGAAUCAAAGAUGAUUGAAAAGAUUGCCAAGGAUGUUUCAGACAAACUAAAUGCUACAAUCUCUAGCGAUUUUCAAGACAUGGUGGGUAUUGAAGCACACUUGCAAAACAUGCAGUCUUUGUUACAUUUAGAUAACGAGGAUGAAGCUAUGAUUGUUGGAAUCUCUGGUCCUGCGGGAAUCGGUAAGACUACCAUUGCAAGAGCUUUACAUUGCCGACUCUCUAGCAGUUUUCAGCUCACUUGUUUUAUGGAGAAUAUAAGGGGAAGCUAUAAUAGAGGUCUUGACGAGUAUGGUUUGAAGCUUCACUUACAAGACCAAUUUCUUUCCAAGAUUUUAAACCAAAAUGGUAUGAGUAUAUACCAUUUACGUGCGAUACAAGAAAGACUACAUGACCAAAAAGUUCUUAUCAUUCUUGAUGAUGUGGACGAUUUGCAGCAACUUGAGGCUUUGGCUAAUGAAACUAACUGGUUUGGUCCUGGAAGUAGGAUCAUCAUAACCACGGAAGAUCAAGAGCUUUUGGAGCAACAUGAUAUCAACAAUACAUAUCAUGUGGAUUUUCCAACCAACGAGGAAGCUCGUAAGAUCUUUUGUAGAUAUGCUUUUAGACGAAGCUUAGCACCAUAUGGUUUUGAAAAGCUUGUUGAGAGAGUAAUAGAGCUUUGCGGUAACCUUCCUUUGGGUCUGCGUGUCAUGGGCUCAACUUUACGUGGAAAAAGAGAAGAUGAUUGGGAAGGUUUAUUGCGUAGGCUAGAGAAUAGCAUUGAUCGAACGAUCGAGGGAGUGCUUAGAGUCGGAUACGACAAUCUACAUAAGGACGAUCAACUGAUAUUUCUUCUCAUUGCAUUUUUCUUCAACUACGAAGACGAUGAUCAUGUGAUGGCCAUGCUCGCUGAAAGCAACGUGGAUGUCACACUCGGCUUGAAGACCCUAACGUAUAAAUCUCUCAUACAAAUAUCCACCGAAGGAAAGAUAUCCAUGCAUAAGUUACUACAACAAGUGGGUAGAGAAGCGGUUCAACUACAAGAGCCUACUAAACGCCAAAUCAUAGUUGAUGCUCAUGAGAUUUGUGAUGUCCUCGACAAUGAUUCUGCUAGUAGAAAUGUGCUGGGGAUAUCUUUUGAUCUAUCCAAGAUCAUAGGCAACAUGUGUAUAAGCUCCAAAGCUUUUAAGAGAAUGCGUAAUCUUCAAUUUAUCAACAUCUACGAGUCACGACGUGACAGAAAUGUUAGAGUGUAUGUACCUGACGACAUGGAUUUCCCACCUCGUCUAAGGGUGUUACAUUGGGAGGUAUACCUAGGAAAGUGUCUUCCUCGUACGUUUAGUCCAGAAUAUCUUGUGGAACUCGAUAUGGAGAACAACGAGCUUGAGAAGCUUUGGGAAGGAACCCAGCUUCUUAAAAAUCUGAAGAGGCUGCUAUUGGCUAGGUCCUACAAUUUGAAGGAACUCCCAGAUCUUUCAAGUGCUACAAGUCUCGAGAGACUGAAUCUGAAUUCUUGCAAGAGUUUGGUAGAGAUUCCUUCAUCUAUUGGAAAUCUUCAAAAGCUAGAGUGCCUGGUGAUAAAUUUCUGUUCCAAGCUACAAGUUGUUCCCACUCUCUUCAACUUGACAUCUCUUGACGAAAUCUUUAUGUUGGGAUGCUGGCAAUUGAGAAAAGUUCCAGAUUUUUCCACCAACGUCACAUCGCUCGUAAUCGCAGACACAAUGUUGGAGCAUUUGUUUGAAUCACUUGGGCCUUGUUCUCGCCUUGAAUGUCUCACUAUAGUUGGCAGUGUGGAUACAGUUCCACGGUUGGGAGAAGACUAUAUAGAUCGAACUGGUCCAGAUAUUGAGAGGAUUCCAGACUGGAUCAAAGAUCUUCGUGUGUUAGAUGAGCUUUGUAUAAUUGGCUGUCCAAAAAUUGUAUCACUCCCAGAGCUCCCUGGCUCGCUAAGAGUACUAGAAGUACACACUUGUGAAUCACUGGAGACCAUAUCUUCCCCUUUGGAGUAUAGAUUUCGUGAUCUCUUCUUCUCCAACUGCUUAAAGUUAGGUGGAGAAGCACGAAGAGCAAUUACGCAGCCAUCAGUUUCAGCAUACUUACCUGGAAGAGAAAUACCUGCCGAGUUCAACCACCGAGCUAUAGGGAAUUACAUGAUCGUCCCUUCAAGUUUCUGCAAAUUUAGGUUUUGCGUCGUGGUUACACCUAUACAAGAGAUGGUGGAAACCUAUUUCAGUUUAGUGUGUCGUAUACGCAUAAACGGUUCUUCCCUUGAGGAAAACAUAGUUGAGGAUCUCCCCGAUAUCAAAUCAGAACAUCUCUUUAUGUAUCCGUAUGAGUUUCUUGAUGAAGACGGAUGGCUUGAACAGGACAAGGAGAUAUUAUUCGAAUUCAGCAACCCAUCCCAAGAAGUCAGUAUAAUUGAAUGUGGUGUCCAGAUCUUGACGGACGAAACCGACCCAAGCAGAAGCAGCUAUGGAAGCUGUGAAGACAAGGAUGAGAAUCUCUCAGAUGGGAGCUAUGAAUCUUGCUUAGAGCAAGUGUUUGAAGAUGACAAUGAAAAUGUCUCUCAUGGCCCAUGGGAGUAG